AUGACAUCCUUCGAACUCGUGCGAUGUGAUGAAGAUGAGGGGCAGAACACUAGCGAAAAACUCAUAAAAGAUACGAAGAACGUGAAUGUUAGUACAAAUAUAGAUCCUAAAGAUCCGAAAAAGCCUGUUGACGUCGAAAACUCUGAUCCGAAGCCAAGUACAGGCACUGCUGCUGAUAAUCAUAAACAAGGGGGGAAAAAAAGUAGUGGAGAGGCUUCAAUUGGCAGCAGAGAAAAAAAUCGAAGCAAACACGGUAAUCCUAAAGCUAAAGGUGAAGGUGAUGGUAAAGGUAAAGGUAGAGGUAAAGGGAGAGAUAAAGGCAAAGGCAAAGGCAAAGGCAAACCCAGACACAAUGGCAAAGAAGAGGAGGAUGACGACGAGAGGAAUGAAGAGGGGGAUACAGAUGAAGACGAGGGGAAUGAAGAGGGGGUUACAGGUGAAGAGAGUGAUGGAGACGAGGGGAACAAUGGGGGGAAUACAGGUGAAGAUAAUGAUGGAGACGAGAGGAAUGAAGAGGGGAAUACAGAUGAAGGGAAGGACAAAGACGAGGGGAAUGAAGAGGAUGUUACAGGUGAAAAGAAGGAAGAAGACAAGGGGAACGAAGAUGGGAAUACAAGUGAUGAUAAUGAUGGAGACGAGGGGAAUACAGAGGGGAAUACAGAUGGAAAGCAAACUUCAUAA